CAAUAUAUUUAUCUAUCUUAGGGACAGGCAGACAUGUAGGACAAGUUUUGGUGAUAAAUGGUGAUAUAAUAUCUGACUGAACUACUAGAUUAUGUAAUUAUUCAUCAUGUUGUAAGUUGUAGAAAUAUAAUUCCUAAUGAUUCUUCUCUUCCAAUGUCUAAGAAGAGAAGUUGGUUGGGUUUGAUCAAAAGGCUCUUAUUCUCAGAAACACAUCACCAUCAACAACAAAAGAUCAAGAGAAGAAGAUGGUUAUUUGGAAGGUUAAAAAGGACAAAAACGUUGCCCUCACCAUCACCAUCACCUUCAACAACACAACAUGAACCAAUACAAAUAACAAAGCAUGAUGCUGAUGAUGAAGAGAAAAAACAGAGCAAAUGUGAAGAUGAUGAUCUUUUCAAAUACCAAGAUGAGUUGUCAAAACUUUCAGAAAUUGUUGUCACAAAUGAAGCAAAUCUAAGUUUGUCGAUUUCACAGUAUGAAAGCCAUGUUCGAAGUUUAGCUACCAUCAAGAUUCAAACUUCUUAUCGCGGUUAUCUUGCGAGGAAAGCGUUGAGGGCGUUGAAGGGGUUCGUGAAGCUUCAAGCAAUCAUUCGCGGGCGAGCAGUGAGACGGCAGGCCAUGACAACAUUGAAGUGCUUGCAAUCCAUUGCAAAAAUUCAAUCGGAGGUUUGUGCUAAAAGAUGUCAAUUGAUAAGGGGCAAGGACGGAGAGUUGCAACUGCAGGAUCUUAGAUGUGAAAAUCCUAAGAUACAACUCUGUCGAUUAAGAAGGUUGGAUAAUGAGCUUCUCACAAAAGAAGAGGAGAUUGACAUUAUUUUGAGAAAGAGAGAAGCCAUUCUGAGAAGCAAAAGGGUUAAAGCAUAUUCUUUCAAUCACAGACAUUCCGCAGAUUCAGAAGAUGGCGUUACUCAAGGUAGACUUAGGUACUGGCUAGAGCAGUAUGUUAGUGAUGAAGUCUCAAAGAAAGAAGACCAAUUUGGAGGAAAACAACAUAAACUGAGGAACUUGGAUAGUGUCAAUAACUUUGAUCAUAUGGCAUAUUUAUCUCGAAGAUCAUUCCAGAAACACAAGAAGCAAAAUUCCUAUGAUGAAGACAACUUAUUACCUGCAAAUUCUCCUACAAAUCUUCCAACUUACAUGGCUGCCACUGAAUCUGCUAAAGCGAAAACAAGAUCAUCGACCUCUCCGAGGUUAAAACCUCUACAUUUCGAGGCUUAUUCCGAUGGCGAUUCACCUUACAAGAACAAAUUUUCACCAAUGUCUUCUAUCAAUAGUGAAGCAACUAGUAGUGGGUAUAGCAAGGUUAGUAACAAGUGUAGUUUUUCUUCUCCUCAUCAGAAAUCACCAAGCUUAAAAGGGGUAUGUGGUCCUGUUAGAUCAAACAAGAACUUGAAGUAAAUAUAUUAGUUUAGAAUUACAAGGGUUGUUGGUGAUCAAUUUGAUACUUUGGGUAGCUUUCUUUUGAACAACAAAUGGUGCAUAUUACCUUCAUUAUGUUUAUUGUGUAUUGGUCGGUUGACAUAAGUGCUCGUUUGGUAUAUAUGGGAAUUUAAUUCCUAUAGUAAAUUUUAUAUGUAAUUCCUAGGAAAUAGCCUAAAUUUGUUUGAUUGACAUCAAAGAAUUUGCAAUUUCCAUGAAUUUUGAUUGACCACGGGAGGAGUGGGUAAUUAAAUUUCAA